UUCUUCUUCAUCUUCAUAGCUGGUAUUCGCUCCACCAACCUUGCCAAGAACCGCCCUGCGACCCAGUCUAGUACUGCAGGGGGUGGAGUCGCCGGCCGCGCUGUGGAUGGGAGCCGUCGUUCUUCAUGGAAAGCCGGGUCCUGUACCCACACGGCAAGCCAAACCAACCCAUGGUGGCGAGUCGACCUGGGCAGCAGUCAGUGCGUGGACUCGUUGGUCGUCGUUAACCGGCUAGACUGUUGCUCGGAAAGGCUGGACGGCUUCACGGUUCACGUGGGCGACAACCCCGACGUGCUGAAAAACCCUACCUGUGGGGGACCGCAGUCCCUCAGCCGUGGGAACGUGAUGUCGAUAGGCUGUGGCGGACGGACCGGUCGAUAUGUGGGGAUCAGUCUGACAGGCUCCAGUAGAAUCCUUACCCUCUGUGAGGUGGAGGUCUAUGGAGGUGCCCAGGGCAAACGAAUGCUCAGCCUGGAGGACAAGCUGGAAAGCCUGAGGGAAGACCUGGAGAAAGCAGUCGAGAUGGAAGCCUUGGAGGACGAGGACUUGGAGGAAGAAGCCUUGGAGAAAAAAGCCUUGGAGGAAGAAGGCUUGGGGGAAGAGGCCUUAGAGGAAGAAGCCUUGAAGGAAGAAGUCUUGGAGAAAAUAGCGUUGGUGAAAGAAGCCUUGGAGGAUGCAAUCGAGAUGGAAAAAUAGUCAUCCAAGAAAGGCGUCAAGUAUAAAUAGUGACGCCCACAAUAUUGUGGUGCUUAAACCUCAAGUGUCUACUCUUCAAGUAACUUCAUGUAACUUAACACUCUCUUAAGUAAUUAAGCUUCCAACUGGUUAAGACACUCCACUGACUUUACCUUCAAAUGACUUAGCUAUCCAGUAAUUCAACCCUAAAGUGAAAAAGUACCAAUUUGGUUUAGUCAUAAUUCCACAAAACUAUGACUUACUUUCAUAUACACAAUCAUUAUACAGGAACAUUCUGUCAAAGAACAGACGCUACUAUGACAACCCACAAACAAAAUUCGGUAGAUAACUUGAGGACUGAGUAUACAAUAAUUCUAAGAAUAAGCUUAGUUUUUUUUAUAAGAUCUCCAUUGUUGUGGUGUUAAAUAAAGUUUACACUAUUCUUCCUGGAGUCCUGAAGGAUGAUGAUGUAAAUUACUUUGUGUUCGCUAGGCCUCCAUCCGGGUGAUUUGUAGUGAAUCACCAACUCACAGAUAGUAGCUUUUGGACCAUCGCACACCGGGGCAUGUCCCUACUCUUCUGCGAAAGGUGUAGCUUGAAUUCAACCCUUCAUUUUUUGUAGCUAGUUUUGUAUUGGUUUAAACGUUAGUGUAAGGAGAUCAGAUAAUAACCAAGAAUGUAGUUAAACCGUCUAAUAUUUGGUCCAGUUUCUUGUCUUGGAAAUUACAGUUCAAACUUGAUUCAUGAAGACCGGGAAGUUUAAAUAAAAUUGGUGGUUGGUUGAAA